GCACCGCAAAACAUACCGCAAACAACCAUGAGUGCAGCGCCCCCGACAAGUCCUUCCGUAAGUUCCGGCGCCGCGGCGGCUGACGCGGAACCCGCGGCCCGCCGGACGCCGCCGCGCGGCCCCGCCGGCCCCGGCAGCUUUAGCACACACCAACAGCAGCAACAACAGCAGCAGCAACACCAACAACACCAACAGCAGCAACAGCAGCAGCAGCAGCACCAACACCACCAGCAGCCGCAGCAGCACACGCGCCAUCAGGCCGCGCGGGUGUCGCCCGCGCACCUGGGCGGCGGCAUCGCGCUGGAAGACGAGGCCACCGCGGGGCUCAGCGUGGCGGGCACCGGGGCGGCGGGCGCGGCGGGCGUGGCGGGCGCCGCCGGCGGCGGCCGCAGCCGGCGGCGCAGCGGUAGGGAGGCGGCGGCUGCGCAGCUGUACGGGUGCGCGUACCAGGCCCUGUCAUGGGACGAGCGGCGCCUGCUGCACGCACAACUGGCCGGACCCGGCCGCAGGCAAGAUGCCGCCGCCGCCGCAGUAGCCGCAGCAGCAGCCACGGACGGCGCCGCCGCUGCCCCCACACACGCCCCAGCCCCCGCCGGGCCCGCCGAGGUGGAGGAGCAGGCGGCGGCGGACGCAGGCGUGGGUGUAGGCGUGGGUGUGGGCGUGGGCGGGCCGAGGUCUGCCGAGGCGGCGGCGGCAGCGGCAGCGGCAGCGGCGGCGGCGGCGGCCCGGCGCACGCCGCCGCGCAGCCCGCCGCCGCCGCCGCAGCUGGCGCGUGUGAGUGAGGAGCCUACGUCACCGCGGGAGCCGCCGCUGCCGCCGCCGCCGCCGCCGCCGCCGCCGCAGCAGCAGCAGCAGCAGCAGGCGGUGUCGGCUGAGCAGCAGGCGGCGGCGGCGGCGGCUGCUUCAGAGCAUCAGCAGCAGCAGGCAGGCCGCACGGGCCGCGGCCGCAGCCGGCGCCGCAGUGCAAUGGAGGCCGCCGCCGCGGAGCUGUACGGCCCUCGUGCGCCCUACCAGGUCCUAGCGGCGGUGAUGCGUGUGGCGAUGGAGUUGGCCAUGUCGGCGGCCCGGGCGGAGGCCGAGGCCGCGGCGGCGGAGGAGGUGUGCGCGGUCGGCGGCAGCGGUGGCGGCGGCAGUGGCGGCAGCGGCAGUGGGGGCGGCAGCGGGGGCGGUGGCGGUCAUCGGCGCCGCCAUCGGCACCACCGGCACCGCCGCGGUGGUGGCGGCGGCGGCGGCGGCGGUGGUGGCGGCGGCGGCGGUACCGCCGCCGCCCUGGUUGGCGAGCACGUGCCCGAGGAGUAGGGCGGUCACAGCGGUCACACGCCAAGCCAGCUACAGUCGCAGAUGCACGGGCAAGGGGGGGGGGGCGGUAUCGCUUGCUGAGGCGCGGGCGGUUGCUUGCGGCAGGUGCUUGUGCGUGUCGAAGGGGGUCAGAGGGGGGGCAGAGGGUCGGGGAGCUGCAGAGCUAGCGGCAUGACACUAGCUGGGGACGAGACAAAGGGAAGGGAGGCAGGAGCGUACACAGAGGAGCUGACGGCAGAGCCGCGGGGGUGUGAGGGCAGCCAUGCGCGGCGGCACACUGCUUUGCGUUUAAUGCACUAGAUGGCUGUCAAGGCCUUUAGGGCGGCGGCGUCAGGCGCUGGCCAGCGCUGGCGAGGGCCGGUGCCGCACUAGCUGUGCCCGCUGAUGCCAUCAGACACGUGGAUAGCCCAACACGAGACAGGGCUUGACCCAUGGAGUUGGGAAGUAGGGGCGGUGUCGACAGCCGAAGCACCAGGAAUAAAGACAGUGGCGGUUGGUGCGAAGCCGAAUUAUUGAUUGUGUUGUGACGUGUGCGUGGGGCCGUGGGGGCGUGCAGUCCAGAGUUAAAAGCCCAGGGCCU